UGACUCAAAAUACAGUGAAAGAACUCCUUAAAUGGAUUGAAGAACGUUGAUGAGGUAGGUUAAUUCCUUAUUUGUUUUCAUUUUUCUUGGUAAUCUUUUAAUUGUAGAACAUGCCGGCAAAUACAUUGUCAGGGCGCUGUAUUUGUUGUAAUUCUCGGUAUAAAUCUAUGAGACAAGUCAUUUUUGGCUGUGGGAAAUUGACAGUUAGACGAUGAAUUCAGUGUUUUAUCAACCGUUUGCUAUACAGGGCUCAUAUUGGACUGAAUUAUUGUAUUUUCUCUUGAUUUCUUUGCGUAGCGGAAACGUCACGAACAGGAACGGACAAGAUUGACAAUAUUAAAAAUACAUUGUUUUAAAACCAAUUAUCGAAGUGCUGAGUAAUUAUGACCUAUUAGCUGGAGUCAAAUGAAUCAUCGGUAACUACUUGGAAAACCUGACAUCGGUAGAUAGCACGAUUUAUCAACCGACGAUGAAGGAACUAAAGAACGUGAAAAAACUUAACGAAUUACUCGGAAGCAGUGGAGACAAGCUGGUCGUGAUCGACUUCUUUGCAGAUUGGUGCGGUCCUUGUCGGGUGAUGGGACCCAAAUUUGAGAAAUUGGCCUCGGAGUACCCGGGUGUAGUUUUUGCGAAAGUAAACAUUGAAAAAGCUAAGGAACUCGCCAACCUGUACGCGAUCUCUUCCAUUCCACAUUUCAAGUUUUUUAAGAACAAACAGGAGGUGGAUGACGUCAGAGGAGCGAAUGAAACAAGCCUGAAAGAGAAGAUCGAGAAGUGGCAAUAGCAAUAUCAACGAUGAUGAUAUAAAAUGUGCUGUGAUAAUUUAAUUAUGAAUCCAUCUCAGUCUAUCAAAAUCUUAAUAAUCCCCUCCAUUUUUGGUUUAUCAUAAACUCUGGUGUGUUGCUACUUUGGUAAACUUUGAUUUUGACUUUUCCUUCGAUCAUUCCAUACAUUCCUGAUUUACCGUCGAUCCUGUAUGCCUAGUUAUAAUAGAAGAACUAAAUUAUUUUAUUAUUUACCCCUCCCCUGCCCCUUUAUGAUCGACUUCGCAAAUUAGGACAUGGGGAAAGGGACUGGAAACGAGCCAUGCAUAGCGCACAUGACCAACUUGGACGCAUGCACAGAGGAACUCAUGGAGCAAAGAACUCGUAUUUUCUCAGAGUAUUUUCUCCAGUAAGUUGAGUUUCUCGGAAUUAUAUUUUAAGGAGUCAAAUGUUGUUAAGUCGGAGUUUCUACAGUCCAUACAACACUGACGUUCUUAGUGAAGCUGACUUUUCCCAUGCGUCUCUCAACAAGACAAGCUGGAUGAAAAAAAAAAAUACUAUUCCUUAAAUUUGGCAUCCACAUGCGAAUGGCAAAAUGACCUGAAUGUAAAACAGAGAUAAAGACAGCCGUCUUGAAUAAUCCAUAUUAUCUGAAAUUAUUAUUCUUGGAAAAUAGUUUUGAUGAGUAUCACGAAAAUUUUGACAUUACAAUAACAAUGGUGAAGGUAAUAAUGAAAAUGCUAAAAAAUAUUAUGAAGGUAGAUUGAACCUUUAAUUUAAGCAGCUGACUGCACUUUCUAGGGUUUUAUAGAUUAAAUACGCGAUAAGGCUCACAGCGUUUAUCGCAAUUUUUCAGGGUUGGCCAUGGGGGUAGUGGUAUGCUAAUGUACCUGAAAAGAAAAACCAUUAUACCCAAAAUUUCCCUCGAAUUCAUGCAAAUAUCACAAUUUGGAAAAAACAAGGAAAACUUUAUUCCCACAAGAGGCCCAAUUCUGGCGUCAAAAUACCGUACACUCGAUUUAAAAUCCCCUGUAUGCACAAAACCCUGGCCGACCCUGACCUUGAAUUCACCGCAGGCUAUUAUUUUGCUUUAAUUUCCUCUCCUUCGGCUCUAUAGAUAUUGUUGUAAUUGUUCCAACAUCUUGAUCUUUUAUUUAUCUGCAUCCCGGCAACUGGGUUUGGUUUAUCUACUUUAAUUGUGACUGAGAAGCAAUAUCGAGUUCCUGUGUUCCGUACUAAACAUCAGAUACGUCAGAUAAUUAAUGCACGGAAUAAACCGAUAACAAUAAAGUGAAGAAAAUCA